CUCCGUAUUACUCCGUAUUUCAUUUUCGAACAUCUCCAUUUAUCACACAAAACAGACCACGCUACUCCUACUCCACACUAGUGCGUAUCCGUCUUGCUUUAUUUCUCACUACUCUCUCUCAUCAUCACAGCGGAGCUUCCACCCACGCCCGAAUAGAUCCGCCACACUUUGCCGCCACCGCCACCCAUGGCCGACGACAAGCAGACCAAAAAGAAAAGCAAGAAGCAAAAACACCAACACCCCAAUGAUCAAUCAACCAAAUCCUCCUCAGAUUUCACAUUCAAGCCCUGCUCCGAAGUAAAGGGUCUCAGAUUCGGCGGCCAGUUCAUCGUCAAAUCCUUCACGGUCCGCCGCGCACGGCCGCCGGAGCUCCUCCACCUCCUGGAUCUCCCUCCCGCUCCGCCCAGCGCCAAGCCAUCGUUCCGCUCGACCACCGCUUUCAUGCCCACCAAUUUCACAAUCCUGGCUCACCAGGCCUGGCACACGCUCACUCUGGGUCUGGGGACGAAGAAGACCAAGGUGGUGAUUUUCGUGUUCGAUUCGGAGAGUAUGAAAUCCGCCGUGGACCGCCGAUGGCCGUCGGAGAUCGCGCUCGGGGAUGUGAACAAGAAGCUAAUCAGAGGGCUGAGCGGGUGCGAAUUGGCGCGGUUCAAAUUCAGGAAGGGCUGCAUAACUUUCUACAUUUACGCGGUGAGGGGAAUCGGGAAUUUGGGAUUUACCAGCGCCGAUGAUCUGAGAACGGUUUUGCAAUCGACGGUGGAGCUGAACGAUUUCUUGGAUCAUACGGAGAUGCUGGCAAUGCCUAACCAGAGAAGCCUCAACCACGCCGCGCCGCCGCCGCCGAUGGCCAUGGCCCACUAGUCCGACGGUUUACCCCUUUCUUGGUUUUUCAUUUUUUCACAUUUUAGAUUUUGUUUUUUAAAUCUUGCACAUGCCUAUAUUGGGUGAUGUGUAAGAUUUUUACAUUUCUUAAUUUUUUGGGAAACUCUGUUCUUGGAUUUUCACAUCUCAGUUUAUUCAGUAGUGUUACUAAUAAACUUUUGUUAUUCUGAAGAAUUAGUUUUUGUCACUUUGCCAUUGUGAAUGAUUAGUUUUACCUUAGUUUUUGUCACUUGCAUUUUGGUUUGUAUAACAAAUUUGUUGAAAUUGUGAUUCAACUUUGUAAAUUUGCACAACUUUACUGUGUGGCCUCGAAAAUUAUAUUGUGCUUUGUAAAUUAUAUUGUGAUCUGAGGAUAC